ACGCUUGUGUCCGUGUCGCGUGGAUGAAGGGCGUACCCGUGGAGGGAGUACCUGCAGCUAGAUCUCAUGGCCGGCGCCAGCGUCGGCGUUAUGCUCGUGCCUCAGGCAAUGUCAUAUGCAAAGUUAGCGGGGCUUCAUCCAAUAUAUGGACUCUAUUCUGGCUUUGUUCCGAUAUUUGUAUAUGCUAUAUUUGGCUCAUCGCGUCAGAUUGCUAUUGGUCCAGUGGCAUUGGUCUCUCUUCUAGUUUCUAAUGUCCUAAGUAAGAUCGUUCAUUCUUCUGACAAGAUAUAUACCGAGCUUGCCAUAUUAUUGGCACUAAUGGUUGGUAUACUUGAGUGUCUCAUGGGAUUAUUCAGGCUUGGUUGGCUUAUUCGCUUCAUUAGUCAUUCUGUAAUUUCUGGUUUCACUACUUCUUCAUCCUUGGUGAUUGCAUUAUCGCAAGCGAAAUACUUCUUGGGGUAUAAUGUAGCAAGAAGCAGUAAAAUCAUACCACUUAUUACAAGCAUAAUUGAUGGAGCUGGUGAAUUCUCAUGGCCGCCUUUCGUGAUGGGUUCAGUUAUGCUUGCUAUCCUCCUUUUGAUGAAGCACCUGGGAAAAUCAAGGAGUAGUUUACGAUGGCUUAGAGCUGCAGGCCCCCUUACUGCAGUCGUAUUGGGUACAACCUUUGUGAAAAUAUUCCGUCCUUCCUCAAUUUCAGUGGUUGGUGAAAUACCUCAGGGUCUCCCAAAGUUUUCCCUUCCCAGAGAAUUUGGGCAUGCAAAAUCUCUAAUUUCAACUGCAGUUCUCAUAACCGGUGUAGCAAUUUUGGAAUCCGUUGGAAUUGCUAAAGCUUUGGCUGCAAAGAAUGGGUAUGAACUGGAUUCAAAUCAAGAGCUAUUUGGUCUUGGCGUAGCAAACAUCUGUGGCUCAUUCUUCUCUUCGUAUCCUACAACAGGCUCCUUUUCCCGGUCAGCGGUAAAUCAUGAGAGUGGCGCUAGAACUGGAUUAUCUGGAAUUACAAUGGGAAUUAUAAUGAUGUGUGCUCUUUUAUUUUUGACACCAUUAUUUUCUGAUAUACCUCAGUGUUCGCUUGCUGCCAUUGUGAUAUCUGCUGUGAUGGGCCUGGUGGAUUAUGAAGAAGCUUUGUUCCUGUGGCGUGUGGAUAAGAAAGAUUUCCUUCUUUGGACCAUCACAAGCAUUACAACAUUAAUUUUUGGUAUUGAGAUUGGUGUUCUUGUUGGGGUUGGUUUCUCCCUUGCAUUUGUCAUCCAUGAGUCAGCAAAUCCUCACAUAGCUGUAUUGGGACGUCUUCCAGGAACAACUGUUUACAGAAACACACUACAAUAUCCUGAAGCAUUAACAUACAAUGGCAUAGUUGUUGUUCGCGUUGAUGCACCCAUUUAUUUUGCUAACAUCAGUUACAUCAAGGAUAGGUUACGAGAAUAUGAACUAAAUAUUUCAAGAACUGCAAAGCGAGGACCAGAUGUAGAAAGGAUUCACUUUGUGAUCAUUGAGAUGUCCCCUGUGACAUAUAUAGACUCCAGUGCCAUUCAAGCUCUCAAGGACUUACAUCAGGAGUACCGAUCACGAGGGAUCCAGAUUGCAAUUGCUAACCCUAACAGUGAAGUUCACCUCAGCCUCUCCAAGUCCGGCCUCAUCGACCUAAUCGGUAAGCAAUGGUGCUUUGUGAGAGUGCACGAUGCUGUACAAGUAUGCCUUCAAAGUGUGCAGAACCCAAAUCGUGCACCCGCAAAAACCGAAGAAAAGCCACCCAGUAGGCACCGGAGCUUGCUCCAGAAUCUAUGGAAACAUGAUGCUGAAGACUUUGACCCUAAUCUAGAGCCGCUCUUACCCCAGAAAGAAGUCUAAAGUCAAUAUUCGUUGUACUACUGUUGUACACUAAUAUAUGGAGUCACUGUAUUUCCUCACAUACCACGAUGUAUAGUGUUGUAUUUGUGAUUGUAAAUGGGGAGAAGACGGACAACCGGAACUGAAAAUCCUCGAUUCAUAUUAUUGUCGUAUCUUGAAGCCUGGCUUGCUAUUUGAAGCGCAAGUGCUUGGCUAACAUUCUUUUGUAUUAUCAGUGAGUGGCGUAGAGCAUACUCUUCGCCCCCCACCCAAAAAAAAAAUAUAGACAAUUUAAAAGUUUGUCUUUGUGA